AUGACUCGUGCUUCCAAAUCUAAGGUUACCCCUUCUACUACCUGUAGUAUUCACACGGUUCAAAUCCCACGUAGAAAUGGCCUACAGACACCAUUUCAUAAAGUGCAGAUUCUGUCAUGGGUUCUGGUAGUUUUCUUUACCGUGAUAUUUUACGGGGUGGAAAACCUGACCUUGCCUUAUAUUAUAUCUAUUGCACUUGGGGUGGUGAUUGGGUUAAUCCUGGUGGUCCUCGUAUUUCUUUUGUUCCUUGGAGCACAUAAAGAUCCCGCACUUGAAGUUUGUCUGCCGCAUAUUUAUGAUAAAACAAGGGCGGUCCCCAAAUUUGAUCGUACGCAGCGCCCCCACGUGAUUAUGGACGACUUUUGUUGCCUUUGUGACGUCGAAGUGAAAGUUGGCACGAAACAUUGUCGUCUAUGUAACAAAUGCAUCGACGGUUACGAUCAUCACUGCAAGUGGCUCAAUAACUGUGUGGGCUCCAAAAACUACAAGUUAUUUAUCUUCGCUGUUGGUGUCGCAGUUGUUGGUAUCUUAAUCAUGACCGCUGUUUCGGUGUUCGCAUUUAUUUCCACCUACGUGCCCAUUAAAACGACCCCAACUUCAGGAGCUUGGUGGAUGUACGAAUACAAGUUGGAAUGUCGGCUGUUGAUUGUAUUUAAGUUUUGUCUUGAAUUGACUGGAAUAUACUUGUGGAUACCUUUGCUAUGGUACAACUACACAUCACCCCGAUGACGAUACAUGGAAAUACAAACACUAUAUGAUUAACGUCAUAAUGACAUAACCGAGGCAAUGGCACUUAUAACCAACUAUGGAACA